GAAAAUGGCUGCAUACACAAGGUUCACACAGCGGCAUCACUCGCACCUGUUGAGAUUAAACACGGUAAGCUGCUUAUGUUGAGAAUAGUAACAAUAAGAAGUGGAGCAGUCUGAGAGGAGCAGACAUUGGAGGUUGGAAAGGCAGCAGCUGUUUCAUCCUGCCUGGACCUACCUUUCUAUCCUUUUUUGGUUGAAUCAACUUCCUCAGGAUUUCACGGAAAACUUGACGUAACUGUGUUGGAUUUAAGAAUGAGCAGAAGGGGGAGGAGACGGAGCAGCAAGAGGAGGAAGAGCUCCAGCAGCAGUAAACAAAGCUCCUCCACAUUUAUCUUUCAAAACCAGAGCAACAAUACCUCAGUCAGCAAUAAAAAAGACAGAGCUGAGAAGAACGAAGAAAACUCUCUUCAGAUAGAGAGGGAUCUGUCCGGAUUUGAAGAUCAACAAUAUGGCUACUCUCCACCCAGCCAAAAAAGAUGUAAACAACAUUUAAACAUGGCUGAAUUUCAGGAACAAAGGAACGUGUAUACAGAAACUACAGAGGUUGAAGAGAAAGGGGUGAAGACAGUAACGCCAGUGUCCGUCAAUGUUGUGGAAAAGUCCUCCCAAAAGGUCAACUACCCUGAUUCACACGAACCCGUAUCUGAAAAUCCAACCAAGUCGCUUACACCAGCAACAAACAUCUUCAAUGUUAACUGCUCUGGGUCACAAGUGAAAGUUGAAAUCCAAGAAAUUCUGCAAGGGAAUCCCUAUGGCAUCAAGACCACGUGUGUUUUUGUGAAUGAAAACAAGGGUUUUGAUAUGAUUAUCAAGCGGGAAUGCGAGGGAAUGCAAAUGCCUGACCAUCAGCGACUGGAACACCUGACGAAAAAUGUGACCAGUCGCAAUGGAAAUCAGGAAAUAAACUACAGAUUCACAUUUGGCAGCAUUACCGAACAAACAAGGGAAAGAAGCGAUUCGAGCUCCGUCUGCUCGCCAAACCUUGGCGGCGAUCCAAAUUACUGUCGUUGUUGCAGUGAUUAUGUCCAACAGAACCUAGCUAAACGUUUAUCGGGUCCACCGUUACUGCUAGACCUUGAUCCUCAAGAGAAGGAGAAAUACGCCUUCGGUGGGGAUCAGUUCUGCCGUUUUCCAACGCCCCGAAUCUUUGCAGACAUUGAAUACAACGCUUUACAGGACCUGACGAAUGACCUAGCUUCCCUUGGGAUAAGAGGUCCAGCAGAAACCGUGUCCCCGUUCUCUGUACUGGAGAAGGAAACUGAAGAUAGAAACCGUUCCUUUGAUCAGUUUUCUGAAUCGGAUAACUACGAGCCCACGUUCAUGAGGCGCUCCAUGUCUACCAACAGGUCCAGCUUCAUCAAAGAGUUCAUCUACUGCCAGAAGAGGAAGUCCUGGAUCAGAAACAACAGCAUCGCCACCGUGGAGCACAAAGAAUGUUUGUUACUGAGGAAAAGAAGGCAGACGUUUCCUGGGACGUCACUCAGUCCAGAACUGAUCCAUGAGGAUGUUCAGUUGCCGUACAACAAGUCGAUUUCGUCUUUCAUCAUGAGCUCACUUCCUUUCCAAACGGAGAGGACUGGAAAAAACAAACGGUUUGAUGACAGUUUUCCUACAUAUAUGAGAAAAAGCUGUGGUUCUUCACAAAGCGGCGGGAGUUCUAAAACUUGCUCAGACUAUUCAGAAACCCAAGGAGAACUUCCUGGCAUGGGGCUUGACAAAGAAAUGAGCUUGGAACUUCAUGCAGAAGAGAUUAUUCAAGGAGGCCUUGCUAUACAAGUCAUUCCUCCAUCCUGCAGUGGCUCAGAGGAACACAUCCUUCAGACGGACCCUGUAGUAGUUGCUGAGGACAGAGAUGAGAAAAGUUUCACAGAAAGGGAUCCUGCCUCAUCCUUGUCAGAACGUGAUAAGUGCCCGCUCAUGAUCGUACCUGCUGGUGCUCCUCAGCACAACUUCCUGCAGAUAGAUUCCACAGGUAGUUGUAGCAGAAGUUGUCUGCAGAAGUCUGUUGACCGAUGUGGGUCACCGCCAGAGGAGACGGAUAUGAAAUCCUUAAAAAAACACGACGUUGCCAUGGAAAUCGAGUCCAACCCGCCUGAACAGUCAGUUAGCGGCACUCCACUUCUGCUAACGACCGAUGAGACGAACAAUCAGAAGGUGCCUAAAGGAAGAAAUCCAGAAGAUUCCAACAAAGCAGCGGACGGUUUAUUAUGUGCCGUCAAAGCAUCUGCGGACAUGGUACUCAAUGCAAGAGAGCUGCCUGUUAAAGCUGGCAAGGCAGAGGCACCCACUGUGUACAGAUCAAACUCGGAGGCUAAAGAGCAUCUAAAGCCCGCGCCUCACAAAGACAGAGACAGCACAGACCACUGGGCCAGGAAGAGAAAACUCUUCAAGGAGAGCAGGCAGUGGAGUUCUACUGGUGGAAGUUCAAUUACCAGUGAUAUUACAGAGGAAUCAGUAUCAGAAGACACACUUUCUACAAACGUGACAGUUCAAGACAAUGAAGACAGGGGCUUUUACGCCGAGACAUUCCAGUCCUCAGCAUGGAUUUAUCAGGGGGACGACAUAGGCUCGGGUGCCAUUUGUCCCAACCUCACAGACAGAACGCGAGCUAUCUCAAUUCGAGAGAGGACAGUUCAAAUAAACAAAGGGACAGGAGAAUAUCCCUGGGGCUUUCGAAUACAGUUUUCCAAACCCAUUGUUGUAACAGAAGUUGACACAAAUGGAGCAGCUGAGGAAGCAGGAUUAAUGGUGGGCGACUACGUCCUUGCCGUUAAUGGAAUUGAUGUCACCAGCAUUCCUCAUUCUGAGGCAGCAAAUCUAGCAAGACAAGGUCCAGAUAUUCUCACAUUGACUAUUGGAUCAGACAUUGCUCGGGGUCCUAACAUACCUAGGCCACCAUGUCGGGGUUACCUCCACAAGCGUACCCAAUCUGGUCUUAUUAAAGGCUGGAGGAAGAGGUGGUUUGUUCUCACACACGACUGCUGCCUGCACUACUACAAAAACAAACGAGACGAAGGCAAGCGGCAGCCUUUAUCAUCAGCAAAGCUGGAAGGGGCUGAGGUCGGGCCAGAUGAUUCCCUGGGAAAGCCAUUUGUUUUCAAGUGCCGGCCUCAGUAUGGGAGUCGGGUGUACUUUCUCUGUGCCACUUCCAAUCAGGAAAGGAAAAGGUGGUUGGAAGCUAUGGAAAGAGCUAUUCAUCCCAUUACACAGAACCAUGUGUGGGUUGAUGUAACGAAACACAAUUCCAAUAUGCCACCACUGGCUGUGAAAAACCCAGACUGUCUUGGACUGCUUAACAAAAUGGACAAAAGUAAAGACACAUGGAUACAGCACUACUGCAUUCUCAAAGAUGCUUGUCUCUACUUGUACAGCGGCAUCAGGGCAACCCAUGCUCAUGGGGGGAUCUACCUUCAAGGUUAUGCAGUGCGGGAGCAGGCUUAUGGAUCCAAAAAGUCCACAAUUGAACUGAAACCUCCAUCUGAUGAGUUUAAGACCUUCUACUUCUGUGCAGACAAUUCAGCUGAAAAUAAGCGGUGGAUUUUAGCUAUCAAAGCUUCCAUAAAGAAGUGGCGGCCAUUUCACCAGGUCCUUCAGGACUAUAUGAGCCUACCGCCAGAAGAAACCAGAAUGUGAGGAGCAGCUGUACAUAUUAACAGCAGUCUCACUCAGCCUGUGGACCCAGAUGAGCUUCCAGUAUGAGGAUGACUUCACUGUUCCCACUAGUCUGCCACUUUAAAGACAAAGUUGCUCAGAAAUGUUCUGCCUGUUAAAACUUUCCUCAUUUCAGCGAUGAGGGUUCAAGUCAGAUUUAAAAUAUGUAAAUAAAGGUUGAUAAACUC